AUGGAGCUGGGGAUGAAACCUGCUUGCCACGACGAAAUUUCAGCCAUGCCCACUGUAUCAUCAUCAUCUUCUUCAUUUCGUCGACCGCGGCGUCUUUUGUCGACGACUGUAGUGGCUCUGCUGCUGUCGAGCGGUGUAACUCCUUCUCAAUGUUUCCAGCAAGUGAGUGGCCUGAGUGUCGUGGAGAGUCGUACUGCCACUCGAAGAUUCUUUCGCAAUACGGCGGAUUCCACCGUUCUUUCCGCUGAAGCUUUGCUGGCACAGAAUCCUCUCCUCGUCACUCCCGUUCAUCCUCUUCCAUCACCACCACCACCACAACACUACGAACCUGAUCAUGAUCACUACAACAGCCACAGCAGUCAGCACUUACAAUUGCCAACAUGGCUCGCGGAUCCCAAAGACGGACUGUGGGAGUCGAACUGGUACGCGCUGGAAGAAGCCAUGCUGUCUUCGUUCUUUACUCCCAUGGAAACACAACGUCUCCUACAAACCAUUGAAACCGCGGCACGUGGCGAUCGUCAUCAAAUGGCUAGCGCUGCGGAAUUCUGUCUCAUUCUCGUCGAACAAAUGGAAAUGGGACUUUCCGCGCUCAUGGCAGCGGCUGUUCAUGUCUGUGCCUGUGUCACGGCACGACAGUAUCCUCACCACGAGCAUACAUGCCAUGUAAUAGAAGAAGGACACGAUGAUCAAGCAUCCCUCAUUGCCCGCGAUGCCGGUCGUCUCAAAAAACUCGAAAUGGUUGCCGCCAUGAUUUACUCUCAAAAGUCGGCGUCUCGCGUCACACCCAAUGCCCAGGAUGCCGAACACUUGCGAUCAUUGCUACUCACGGAAACCAAAGACUGGCGGGCACUCGCCAUUCGAACCGCCGCGGCAUUGUAUCGUCUCCGCGGCAUUUUGGGGCACGCCCUCAAAGAACAACGGGGCGUCGGUGCCCGCGAAAUGAAUGUACUUUCGGCCGAAGCCCGGCAAUGUUCCCGGGAAGCCUUGUACAUUUACGCGCCUCUGGCGUCGCGACUUGGAAUGCAUCGGCUCAAGAAUGAACUCGAAGGCGCCGCCUUUCGAAUUCUUUAUCGACGUCAAUACGAAACCGUCAAUCGCUUGGCACGCGAACUGCGACCGCGCCAUUCCAAGCCGCAUCUUAAUCGAGGAUUGGUCGAAAUGUGCGAUUCCUCUUUGGAUAUUUCGUCGUGCAUGAAAUCCGUCUUGGAUUCCGUCAAGACGGACAUGACACAGCUAUUGCAUGCCGAUCCCUACUUUUCACAACAUGUCGCCGACUUUUCCGUCACGGCGCGUGUCAAGGAACCCUACUCGCUGUGGAAGAAAAUGCUCCGCAACAAGUGUCAGCAUAUUAUGGAAGUGCCGGAUGUCAUUGCACUCCGAAUUGUUCUCGAGGCCAAAACUACCGACGAAGAAGACGAAGCUUCCCGACAAGCCAAGGAAGUCCAAUUGUGCUAUUAUGCGCAACAACUCUGUAUGCAGAUCUGGCAGCCCGUCGCGGACAAUCCGCGAUUCAAGGAUUAUAUCGAAUGUCCCAAACCAAAUGGGUAUCAGUCCCUUCAUUACACGGCCCAUACCAUGUGGGACGAAGAAGAUUGGCAUUUGGAGAUUCAAGUACGAUCGGGAGAAAUGCAUCAAGUCGCAGAAUUUGGACUUGCCAGUCAUUGGGAUUACAAGGCCAAUCAAAAGAGUCAACAGGAAGCAACAAAUGACAAUACCAACAGCAACAUCAACCAUGACAGCAACGAGUACUACUAUCAGGAGUACUACGAACAACAACCCGACAAGAAUGAAGUCCACUACGAACAACAAAAAUCCGUCAGCGACGAUUACCUUCGUUGGGUUCAUCAACAGCAGCAACAACAUGAACUUCCAUUGGAAGAUUUUGGACAACAACACGUCACGUCGUCGUCCUUGGAAGCAUCCGAACGUGCCGAUCGUAUUCGGGCUCGCACCAAGAAGUUGCAGCCCUACAUUGAAGCCUUGACGGCAGCUCAAUCCGAUUUGGCACGCGAACACGUCUUUGUCUUUUUGACUACACCCGGUGCCGAACAAGGCGACGACAGUCCGGGAACCGUAUUGGCAUUGCCGUCUGGAUCGGUCGUUUUGGAUGCUCUCCGUCAAGGCGAACAACAAUUGGGAAUCACCAUGCCCGAUGUCAUUGGACUCAAUGGAGAAUGGUCCGACAAGUUGACUUCCAAACUCCAGAAUGGAGAUAUUCUCACCGUGCCAAUGUUGGGAUACCCGUAUCCACAACAACAAACCAUGGCAUGA